UUGUCAUCCAGAAUACUUUUAUCUUAUAUCCCAACACACUUGUCCAAGCAUCCAAGUCAAAAACAACAUCACCACAUAACAUGGUGAAACAAGAACUCAAGAUCCAAGUUACUAGUUCCUCAUCAUCACUCUCUCAUUCUUCAUCUUCUUCUCCUUCUCCGACGUCGGGGCUACGUCAUCAAUCUUGUAAGAACAAGAUAAAGAAGUACAAAGGAGUGAGGAUGAGAAGUUGGGGAUCAUGGGUUACUGAAAUUAGGGCACCAAACCAAAAGACAAGAAUCUGGUUAGGUUCUUACUCUACCGCAGAAGCAGCUGCUAGGGCUUACGACGCUGCUCUCUUGUGUCUUAAGGGACCUAAAGCUAAUCUCAACUUCCCUGACAUCACAACUACUUCUCCUUUUCUUAUGAACAUCGAUGAAAAUACCCUUUUGUCCCCCAAAUCCAUCCAAAAGGUCGCCGCUCAAGCCGCUAACUCCUUCUCUUCUGACCCUUUUACCCCUCCCUCCGAUGAUGAUGGAAUCCAUCACCAUCCAUCUCCUUCUUCUUCAGCUGCAUCUUCUCCACCAGAUGAUGAUCAUCAUAAUGAUGACGAUAGUGAUUUGGUAUCGUUGAUGGAAUCUUUCGUAGACUACAAGGAACACGUGUCUCUGAUGGAUCUAUCGUGGUGUGAAUUUGAACAUAAUGAGAUGUUAUUCACCAACGGAGCUCCGUUUGAUUAUACUCCACAGUUAAAUAGCUCGAUGGAUGACUUCUACGACGAUGUUGAUAUUCGGCUAUGGAGUUUCAGUUAAUCCAACGGUCAAUAUUAUACUACG